GCGGUGGGCCCGGGUGCUGCGGCAGCCGCAGCGCCAGCCGCGGCUCGGGCUCCGGCUCCCGGGCAUUUAAAGGGGACGCGGCGGCGGCCCGGGGGGAUGGGGGGCAGGUGGAGGGGGCGGCCCAGACGCACAUCAUCCACGGGCCCUCGGGACUGGAGGGACUCGUGAGCCGGAGCCCAGAAAUCCGGGGGUGGAUAAGACACCGCGUCCCCUCCAAUUCCCCCAUCUAUCUGGAAAAGCUCAGAGAUCCUGUCCCCCUUUUCUCCAAGGGACUCUUUUUGGUGACCACAAAAGGAUUUGGUCACUUAGGACAAAGCAGCCAGAGGAGCUCUGGACAACGGCUGGAGGCCAACAGAGUCCCUAAGGUGGUGCCCAGGGUGAUGCACUGACAAUGAGCGGGUGUUUUCCAGUUGCUGGCCUCCGAUGCCUGUCUAGGGUAUGUCGUGGCCUGGUGCGGGAAGCUCCUACCUCCCCAAGCCCCACUGCUUCUGCUGCCCGCUUACUUCGGACUCUGGCAGAAACCCCACCCGCUGACGUGUACCUCCCAGGGAAUUGGUCUUGGACGUGCCAGCGCCUCUGGCCGUGGCCCGCUAACCAGCCUCUCCCCGGCCGGCUCGCGCCGCGCCCCCUCUCGCUUGCUCCCUCCUCCUCCUCCUCCUCCUGCUCCUCUUCCCCCCGCUCCCAGGACGGCGGGAUGGCCGCGCAGGGCGCGCCGCGCUUCCUCCUGACCUUCGACUUUGACGAGACCAUCGUGGACGAGAACAGCGACGACUCGAUCGUGCGCGCCGCGCCGGGCCAGCGGCUGCCCGAGAGCCUGCGGGCCACCUACCGCGAGGGCUUCUACAACGAGUACAUGCAGCGCGUCUUCCAGUACCUGGGCGAGCAGGGCGUGCGGCCGCGGGACCUGCGCGCCAUCUACGAGGCCAUCCCCCUGUCGCCGGGCAUGAGCGACCUGCUGCAGUUCGUGGCCAAGCAGGGCUCCUGCUUCGAGGUCAUCCUCAUCUCGGAUGCCAACACCUUCGGCGUGGAGAGCGCGCUGCGCGCCGCCGGCCACCACGGCCUGUUCCGCCGCAUCCUCAGCAACCCGUCGGGGCCCGACGCGCGGGGGCUGCUGGCGCUGCGGCCCUUCCACACGCACAGCUGCGCACGCUGCCCCGCCAACAUGUGCAAGCACAAGGUGCUCAGCGACUACCUGCGCGAGCGGGCUCACGACGGCGUGCACUUCGAGCGCCUUUUCUACGUGGGCGACGGCGCCAACGACUUCUGCCCCAUGGGGCUGCUGGCGGGCGGCGACGUGGCCUUCCCGCGCCGGGGCUAUCCCAUGCACCGCCUUAUCCAGGAGGCGCAGAAGGCCGAGCCCAGCUCCUUCCGCGCCAGCGUGGUGCCCUGGGAAACCGCCACCGACGUGCGCCUCCAUCUGCAACAGGUGCUGAAGACGUGCUGAGGAUGGUGGCCUGCAGGGGGCGCCCGGGCGGAGGAGGGGGACGCGUGGGG